UAGCGACUAGUCUGUGUAUGGAGUCUUGAGUGUAAAAGGCUGACCUCAAGAAAAAUAGUAAAACCUUCCUAAUUUAUCGCAAUCAAAUAAAUACACAAAACACAGUCAAAACUCUUAAAUUGCCAAGUCUCUGCCUUUCCCUCUGUUUUUCUCUCCCCUUUUCCAAGAAAUAUUGUGGAAGAGCACGCAGAGAGCUCGGCGGCGGAGAAUCAACAAACCGCCGCAACAUUUAUUAAAUUUCAAUGGCAGAUAAAACCAUGCAAGAGAAUUUGUUAGUUAAAGAUCAUAAUAUAUAUGAUCAUAAACGAGACGAGGAAGAAGAAGAUUGCGAUUCAAGAAAGGGUCUGACAUGGCCUGUUUUUACUCAAGAAGUGAAGAAACUUGGCUACGUAGCCGCUCCUAUGGUGGCCGUCGUUCUUUCUCAGUAUCUUCUCCAAGUUAUUUCGAUGAUGAUGGUGGGUCACCUCGGUGAACUCGCUCUUUCUAGCACCGCCAUCGCCACCUCUCUCUCCGGUGUCACUGGUUUUAGUCUUCUUUUAGGGAUGGCCAGUGCACUGGAAACUCUAUGCGGACAAGCGUAUGGAGCUAAGCAAUAUCACAAACUCGGAAUUCAAACGCAAACUGCGAUCUUCUGUUUAAUUUUAGUUUGUAUUCCUCUUUCCAUAAUAUGGACAUUCAUGGGAAAGAUUCUUGUUUUCAUUGGCCAAGACCCUGUAAUUUCACAUGAAGCUGGUCAAUACAUGAUAUGGCUUAUUCCUGGACUCUUUGCCUAUGCGGCUCUUCAACCGCUUGUUCGGUACUUUCAGAUGCAGAGUCUGAUCAGUCCUAUGUUGCUGAGUUCUUGUGCAACUCUUUGUUUCCACAUACCUCUCUGUUGGGUUUUAGUGUACAAGUCGGGACUGCAAAACGUUGGAGCAGCAUUAGCACUGUCUAUUUCAAGUUGGUUGAAUGUGAUUAUCCUUGGACUAUACAUGGCACACUCUGCUGCCUGUGCUAAAACUCGAGCACCGAUCUCUAUGGAGUUGUUCCAUGGGAUCGGAGAAUUCUUCCGAUAUGCUGUCCCUUCUGCAUUAAUGAUCUGUCUUGAAUGGUGGUCAUAUGAGCUGCUUGUUUUGCUCUCAGGAAUCUUACCAAAUCCCCAGCUUGAAACUUCUGUUCUAUCUGUCUGUCUCCAAACUAUUUCUACACUCUAUUCAAUUCCAUAUGCAUUUGGUGCUGCAGUAAGCACUAGAGUUUCAAAUGAAUUAGGAGCAGGACACCCACAAGCUGCACGUAUUGCUGUUUAUGCUGUCAUGUUUCUUACAAUUAUGGAGACAACUGUAGUAAGCAGUACACUCUUUGCCAGCCGCCGCGUCUUUGGUUACCUUUUCAGCAACGAAAAGGAAGUAGUGGAUUAUGUGACAGUGAUGGCUCCUCUGGUGUGCUUAUCAGUGAUAAUGGACAGCUUACAGGGAGUGCUUUCAGGUGUGGCAAGGGGGUGCGGAUGGCAGCAUAUAGGCGCUUAUGUUAACCUCGGAGCCUUCUACCUUUGUGGGAUUCCAAUCGCUGCCAUUUUGGGUUUCUGGGUAAAGCUAAGAGGCACGGGCCUUUGGAUUGGAAUACAAGUUGGAGCGGUUACACAAAUUGUUCUACUCAGUGUCGUUACAAGUUGUGUAAAUUGGGAGAAACAGGCAAGUAAGGCAAAGGAACGGGUAUUUGAAGGAAAAAGAUCUUCUGUUGCCAAUAUAGUAACGUGAAUUGCAAGAUAUGAUUCGGGAUCGGCUUCUAUAAGUUGCUCUUUUACUUCAUCAAAAUUUGGUCAGUGAAUCAAUUUUCAAGUCAGAGUAGUUGCAAGACAGAACUGUGGCUUAUAGAUUCAUAAGCCGAGCAUCUAUUCUCUCUUUUUUGCUGUGACAGCAGGAAAAUAUUUAUUUAGGGGCCUGAAUAGAAUUAUCCAAUAGUGAGAGAAGGUUAAAACUAUAUUCAUGGUAGUAUAAUUACCCAAUUUUGCCUAUAGUAAGCAUGUAUCAGACUCUGACUUUUGGACUAUAGUAUAGAAAAUACAAUUUUUUUUUACAAUUUUCGUCACUUUUCAUUAACAAAUUUAAUUGUAUGAAUUUUAAUAUUAAUGUCAUCAAAGUUUACUAA